CCCCAAGAGCCACACAAUACCUACUGCACCUUUAUUUAGUUCGCCUUUGAAUCCAAAAUUAUCAUUCACAUUCACUCUAAUAAUACGUUGUUAAAUACAAUCAAAUGGCUUCACGUAUCUUCUUCUGUCUUUGGGGGUACCUUUUGCUAGUUCUCCCCGCAACAGCUUCUGCAGCACUAUCUCCCUAUUACUAUGGUGGAACUUGUCCCAAUGCUUUACCAACUAUCAAACGAGUUGUUGAGGCUGCAGUGUCCAGAGAACGUCGCAUGGGCGCUUCUUUGUUGCGUCUGCACUUCCAUGACUGUUUUGUUAAUGGCUGUGAUGCUUCACUUCUCUUGGAUCCUUCUCCCACCAUUGAUAGUGAAAAGAAUGCCCUCCCUAAUGCAAAUUCUACUAGGGGAUUUGAAGUUAUCGACCAGAUUAAGUCGGAGGUUGACAAAGCCUGUGGCCGUCCAGUGGUCUCUUGCGCAGACAUAUUAGCAGUUGCAGCUCGCGAUUCUGUAGUUGCGCUAAGCACAAUACAAGCAAAUUUUCUGGUCUAUUAUUGUUGUUUUGAAAUUUUUGUUUUUAAAAUGCGCACCAAAUUUUCUGAUCUCCUAUCACCAUUUUCAGACCUUCCUGAACUUAUCAGUGGCUUCAAGAAGCAUGGUCUCAACGAGAAAGACCUAGUUGUGCUAUCUGGUGGCCAUACUUUAGGUUUCGCACAGUGUGGUACCUUCAAGAAUAGAACCUACAAUGAAACUUAUAAUAUUAACCCAAAUUUUGCACAAAAGUUAAGAUCAUCUUGUCCACCUAAUGGAGGUGACAGAAACCUUGCACCUCUAGACCCAACACCUGCACGCUUCGACAUUGCUUACUUCACCAACUUGAAAUAUAAGAAAGGGCUUCUUCACUCUGAUCAGCAACUUUUCAGUGGUGGCUCCACUGAUAACCUUGUGAAAACUUAUAGCUCAAAUCCACAAGCUUUCUGGAGGGAUUUUGCUAAGUCUAUGGUUAAGAUGGGGAAUAUAAAGCCAUUGACUGGUAAUCAAGGCCAAGUUCGUUUGAACUGCAGGAUGGCGAACUGAAUAAAAUCGUCUCUAGAAGGCAUUAAUUUGCUCAAUGACGCCGUUGUUUAGGAGAAUAAUUAUAUUUGUUGAUUCUUUUUAAUUUUGCACAAUUAAUUCCUUGAUAUUUUUGUGAAGUCGAUAAAAUAUGGUUUAUCGAUCUCUUCUUCAGAAAACACGAGAAAUUGUAAAACAUUUCGAAGUUGAAUUCUUGAAUUGUAUCAAUCAAAUGUUUAUUGCAAUUGUAUUAAUUUAUAUAUAUAUUAAUUUAUAUUCAUUAAA